CUUAUUCUUAUUCUCAGUAAUCUGUGGUUCGAGUUCGAGGUCGCCUUCGAUUGCGUGGCUGCGAAUAAAAUUAAAUUUGUGUGCUAUACUUUUUAGUUAAACACGAUAAACACAUUAUUAUAUUCUUGAAAUCAUGCCCGUUGCCGAUGAUAUUCAAUCUUCUUGGGCAGAUGAAGUGGAAAUUGAUCAGGGAGCUCUACCACCACCCUCAGAAGUUGUGGAAAAUGGUUUGAAAAUUGUGACAGAAUACAAAUAUGAUAAUGACAAUAAGAAGGUUAAAAUCGUGCGGACAUACAAAAUAGAAAAACGUGUUGUUUCUAAGAGUAUUGCUAAACGUAAGACAUGGAGUAAAUUUGGUGAUUCAGCCAAUGACAAACCAGGUCCUAAUCCAGCCACAACAAAUGUUUCUGAGGAUGUCUCCAUGCAAUUCAUUUCAAGCAAAGAGGAAAGUCAACGACCUGAUGAUGGAGAAUUGGAUGGUCUAAAGCCACCAACAAGUCGUGUCAUCUUCAAGUGCCGUACUUGUCAAGGCGAUCACUGGACCCUAAGUUGUCCAUUCCAGAAUACUGAAUUGGCCCAAGCCAAGGCCAGUGAAGCAGCCAAAUCUGGAGAUUCAAAAACAGUGGCUACAAAUAAAUAUGUGGCGCCAUAUUUGAGAGAGGGCGGUGCUGGGCGUGGAACAGGCCGAGAGCCCCCAGGCGCGCGUAGAGAUGAUAUCGCUGCUAUUCGUAUCUCGAACCUCAGUAAUUUUGCCGUGGAGGCCGACCUUGAAGAUCUCGUGAAAGGUUUUGGACCUGUCCAAAAGCUCUAUCUUGCCAAAGAGAAGAGUACUGGCCAUUGCAAAGGUUUUGCGUAUAUUCAUUUCAAGUUCCGUGCUGACGCCGCAAAGGCCAUACAGAAACUCAAUGGACACGGAUACGACCACUUGAUUCUGAAUGUGGAAUGGUCUAAGCCUCCUCAGAAUAACUAAUGCCUGUCAUAUUUCUACAUUCUUUACUUAUUAAUAAUAACUACUGGAACUGGAAACAAUAUUAUAUUUUAAACAUUAUACGAA